UAUAAAAGAGAAGCCGCAUGAAUUUGUUUGGGAGGCUAAUUUGUUCAUCUUCAGUUUCGAGCCACUUCACGACUUGUCUUCUCAUCUUCAUCCUUCAUUUUUCUCCCCAGCGUAGUAAUAAUAAUAAUAAUAAUAACCGUAAUUCUAAUAAUCUUGAGCUUAAUCUUUUGAUCAAAAAUUGA